AUGCAGCAGACUGAUCUCCCCACUCGAACUGCAGGGACGCAAUCACUUCCACCGCCCGAUCUCCCUAAACUCGUUGCCGAACAGCAUGUCCCAAUACCGACCAGCGACAAAGAUUCGCAGCGACUUAUCGUUGUCCUCUGCAACGCGACUCUAGAAACGUACAAAGCAACGCAUAGUUCAGGUAGAGGUCCUGGGGGAAGGGAGGAGAAGUUCAACUUAUUGAACAGUGACGAUCAUAUCGGCGUCAUGAGGAAGAUGGGCCGAGAUAUCAGCGAAGCACGCCCGGAUAUAACCCACCAGUGUCUACUCACCCUACUCGAUUCGCCCAUCAACAAGGCCGGAAAGCUUCAGAUUUACAUCCAGACUGCGAAGAAUGUGCUCAUUGAAGUUAGCCCCACCGUUCGUAUUCCUCGUACGUUCAAGCGAUUUGCCGGUCUCAUGGUUCAAUUGCUCCAUCGGCAUCAGAUCCGGUCCACAACCUCGCAAGAAAAGCUCAUACAGGUCAUCAAGAAUCCGGUGACCGAUCAUCUUCCCCCGAAUUGCCGCAAAGUCACCCUCAGCUUCGAUGCCGAGGUCGUGCGAGUGCGGGACUACAUUCAAGGGCUCAACACAAACGAAAGCAUUGCCGUCUUCAUCGGAGCCAUGGCAAAAGGAAACGACGACUUUGCUGAUCACCUAAAGGACGACUCCAUCAGUAUCAGCAACUUCAACCUCAGCGCCAGCGUCGCGUGCAGCAAGUUCUGCCACGCCGCUGAGGACGUAUGGGGGGUCAUCUGA